UGAAGUCCAAAAAUAGAAAAAGACAGUGAAUUAUUACCCUUUUACUACCGGUCUAAAUUCAACCGGAGAUCACGGCGCCACCACCGAUCUCACGGCGGCGAUGCUCGCCGGAGCUCUAUGAACCCCCCAAAAUUCCGAAAGUAUCCCUGCGUCGUUCAGAAUUUCCUCAAUCUCGCAUCGCGCGGCAAGCUCCGCGAAGCAGUUGACGCCCUGCCCCAGUUAUCCCGCAGAGGCGUUUUGCUCAACUCCAAAAUCAUCGCAUCUCUCCUGCGGAAAAUUGCCGAUGCGAAGUCGAUCAAGGAGGGGAAGCUGGUCCACCUCCAUUUGAAGCAGACGGGAUCGAAGCACCCAAACACGUUCCUCGCCAAUCAUUUGAUAGAAAUGUACGCGAAAUGCGGCGAUCAUUCUAGGGCGCGGGAGGUGUUCGACAAAAUGCGCGACAGAAAUUUGUAUUCUUGGAACAAUAUGCUCUCUGGUUACGCGAAAUUGGGGAUGGCGAAAGCUGCGCGGAAGCUGUUCGACAAAAUGCCUGAGAGAGAUUUCGUGAGUUGGAAUACAAUGGUGAUGGCGUAUGUGCAGAUUGAGCGGUUUGAAGAAGCCGUGAGUUGUUAUGUCGAGCUGAGGAGGUCGGAUUGUGGGUAUAAUGGAUACAGUUUCGCCGGCGUUUUGACGGCUUGUGUGAAGUUGAGGGCUUUGUGGCUGGCGAGGCAGCUGCAUUGUCAAGUUCUUGUUAUCGGGUUCUUAUCAAAUUCGAUUCUUUCGAGUUCUGUUGUGGAUGCUUAUGCGAAAUGUGGUGAGAUGGGAGAUGGGAGGAGGUUGUUUGAUGCGAUGGAAUGGAGGGAUGUUCUUGCUUGGACCACAUUGCUAUCGGGCUAUGCAAAACUUGGUGAUAUGAAAUCAGCUCGUGAGGUGUUUCACGCGAUGCCGGAGAGGAACUCUGUUUCAUGGACUGCGUUGAUAUCGGGGUAUGCACACAACGAGAGGGGGUGGCAAGCUCUUGAUCUGUUUAAAGAGAUGAUCAAGCUGGAUAUCGAGCCAGAUCAGUUCACGUAUAGCAGCUGCUUGUUUGCUUGUGCUAGCACGAUUUCGCCUCAACGAGGUAUGCAGCUUCACUCCCAUUUGAUAACUGCUGGCAUUAGGCCUAAUGUGGUGGUUGUGAGCUCUCUCAUUGACAUGUAUUCAAAGUGUGGGAGUUUAGAUGUUGCAAAAAGAGUUUUCAACACAACACAUAACAAGCAGCAUGUUGUGUUGUGGAACACAUUGAUAUCUGCAUUAGCAAACCAUGGAUGUGGUAGCCAGGGUUUAAAGAUUUUCGCGGAUAUGGUUAGGUUAGGUGUGAGGCCGGAUAGUGUGACGUUCCUCGCCCUUCUCAAUGCGUGUAGCCACUCGGGGCUCAUGCAGGAAGGGCUGGCCCUGUUCGCCUCCAUGAAGGCGGAUUAUGGUAUUGCUCCGAAUCAAGAGCAUUAUGCGUGCUUGAUUGACCUGCUCGGACGGUCUGGCUGUUUUGAUGAGUUGAUGGAUCAGCUCAAGAGGAUGCCAUUUAAACCCGAGGAUUGUGUUUGGAACGCCUUGAUUGGUGUUUGUAGGAUUCAUGGGAAUGUAGAGAUGAGUAGAGUAGUGAUGAGACACCUCGUUGAGGUGGAUCCUCGUUCCCCUGCAGCGUAUCUUAUGCUGUCGGCCGUGUAUGCUGCUCUUGGGAGGUGGGAGUGUGCAAAGGAAGUGAGGGACCUUAUGCGUGCAAGACGCAUUGAGAAGGACCAGGCCGUUAGUUGGUUAGAAGUCGAUAGGAGACUGCAGUUAGAUGCCAAACCGGAUAGUUCACAACGCGUUGGAAGGAAUACGAAUACAACCACGGUGUUGGAAUUGUUAGCUGAUGGGAGCAGAUUACACAGUGUUGAAAGGUAAAUUUGGUCUUCUUCGCCCCCGUUGAAAUAAGGCGGGGCGGAGAACCUCGUUCCUUUUUGUAGAACAUUUGAAGAUCUUACCUAGUUUAUGUUACACUUGAUUUGUUUUGUGUCUGAGUUUCUUUUCUUGGUUUAGCAAUAUAAAACUGAUUAGAAUUUUGUGAAAGUUUUAGAUAUUAUUAUGAGCAUUGUGUGUUUACUAGGUGUGCAUAGGAGAUCUAAAAUAAUGUGUUUUCACUUGAAUCUUGGAUUAUGAAUGUGCCUUA